CUUGGCCAGCGCCUCCUUGAAUCCCUUUGCCUCGUGCUUUUCAUACGCAUGCCUGGGCUUGGGCUUCAAACUCUUCAACAUGUCUCAAUGGUUGUCCCUCUCUUGUACUCGUUUCUUCAUGUCUCGCAUCUUUUGGGGUCGCGCAUCGGCACUCUGGACGACCCUGAGCUCCACUCACACCCAACCUGGCUGGAAACGACGUUUCUUUCCUUCCUUUGUAUUCCCGUGUUCCAAAAUCAGGUUUCUGACGUCAAGCUUCCUCAUUCACCAGCCACAAACACUCGCUCGAGAGAGGCCUGAAUAUGCUGUUGGCAGCUUGAACAAUGUUGUGCCCGCCACGACACGAUGAACGGCUGUGAAAAUGGUGGAAAUAGCGCGAACAGCAGCAUGGGCGUAUUGGAUCAGGUCCCAGUUGACAAAGCUCCGGCCACUGUUCCACUCCCUGUUAGGACCGGCACGACUCAGAGAAGGCUGUCUUUCAGAGCCUCUGCGAAGCAAUGGUACCAGAACAUCGUUGACGGGCUCAUCUUCUGGCGCAACUCGCUGCCGCCAUCUAAGGACGGGCGGCACUUACCCUUGAACCCGCUUCGUGAUGGGCCUCUAAUCGACGAAAGGCGGGGUUUGCCUUACAUCUCCAACUCGAUCCGGACCUCUCGCUACACCGUCUACGACUUCUUCCCGAAGCAGCUCAUCUUCCAAUUCACUCGCCUGGCCAACUUUUAUUUCCUAUGUGUUGGCAUCCCCCAGACGAUCCCCGGCAUCAGCACGACGGGCAACUACACCACCAUCCUCCCGCUCCUGUUCUUCGUCCUGCUCACGAUUGCCAAGGAGGGCUACGAUGACUGGAGGAGACAUCGCCUCGACAAGGUUGAAAACGCCAAGCUGGCGACUGUGCUGAGGAGCGCCACCGGCAGCCGGAUAAGCAGAGGCUGGAGAGCGUGCAUCAACGCCCCCUCCAUGAAAUCACUCGCUGUUAGCAAAGGGUGCGAGACGGGACUGGCUAACCAGUUCGGCUUGCGAUGGCACACGGUCGAAUGGAAGGAUCUCGAAGUGGGAGACGUCAUCAGACUGGCCAGAGACGAAGAUGUCCCAGCCGACAUCGUACUCCUGCAUGCCGAUGGUGAAGAGGGCUUGGCCUACAUUGAAACCAUGGCCCUCGAUGGCGAAACGAACCUCAAGAGCAAGCAGGUGUCAACAGCCUUGAGAGGAUGUGACACAAUCGAAGGCAUCUGCAGUUGUGGCGCCGAGUUUGUGGUCGAGGACCCCAACCCGGAUUUAUACCGUUUUGACGGCCGCGUCACUGUGAACGGCGAGACGCUGCCCCUGACAUUGAACGAAGUUGUUUACCGGGGCUGUACCGUUCGCAACACGACGACGGUCAUUGGAAUGGUGAUCAACACUGGGGAGGAGACCAAGAUUCGGAGAAACGCCAACCGCCAUCCCAGUGCCAAGAAGCCAGCACUCGAGCGCAUGGCGAACUUGAUCGUUAUUGCUCUCGUCAUCUAUCUUAUCGCCCUCGUUGCCGGCUGUUCAGGAGGCUACGCCAUCUGGCAACAUAGUUAUGAGCGAGUUGCCUGGUACUUGGCGGACGUACCGGUUCCUUACUCCCACAUCAUCAUGGGAUAUGCGAUUCAGUUCAACAACGUCAUACCGCUGGCUCUGUACGUGAGCUUGGAGAUUGUCAAGAUCUGCCAGAUGCUUCUGCUGAAUUCCGACAUCGAAAUGUACGACGAGGUGUCGGACACCGCGGCGAGGUGCAACACCAACACCAUUCUUGAGAACCUGGGCCAGGUUGGCUACUUGUUCUCAGACAAGACCGGAACUCUGACAGAGAACGUCAUGCGGUUCCGGAAGAUGAGCGUGGCCGGCACGGCUUGGCUACACGAUAUGGACCUUGCACAUGAUGGCAACAAACAUGCUGAGUUGUCGAAAGGAGGUGGGCUAGCAGCGUUGGAUGUCGACGCCGAGCAUGGUGCUGCUUCUCCCAUCGACCCUGGCCCUUCAAGAGUUCUGUCACCAACCACCUCAACCGAUUGCAAACCCGGGCGUCGAUCGUCGUCCCAAUGGCGAUCAACUGGCCGACCUGAGCAUGUGCAACCAGAUCUCACCACCGUGGACCUGCUGAAAUACAUCCAACUCCGACCAAAUUCGGCCUUCUCUCGACGCGCUACUCAAUACAUUCUUGCCAUGGCACUCUGCCAUACAUGUCUGCCAGAGGUCAAAGACGGAAGCAUUGACUUUCAAGCCGCUUCGCCUGAUGAGCUUGCCCUGGUACGGGCCGCCCACGACCUCGGCUUCCUUGUCGUCCAGAGAAACAAGCAAGCCGUCACUCUCCGCAUUUCCGUCGGCGACGGGCAUUCAAAUCGCACCUACCAGAUCCUGGACGUAAUUGAGUUCAGUAGCAAACGCAAGCGCAUGUCUAUCAUCGUUCGCUGCCCAGACGGGAGGAUCUGGCUCCUUGCCAAAGGCGCUGACUCCGUAAUCCUGCCGCGCCUGAGGAUGGCUGGCCUGGCCACCCAAACAACCAAGGAACUGCGAGAGAGUCUCGAGUUUGAGCACCAACUUGUUCGCAAGAGCGAGGCUCGCGAGCCCCGCAACAGCUUUGGCGGGAGGCCGAGCCUCACCAUCCGGCGGAGCCUCGCCCUCGCGCGGCAGGGCUCAGUGGCUGCCAUCGGCAGUAGCAAGCGAUCAGGUCUGAACAGGAGCAACUCGUUUGAGGUUGGCCGGCUUGUCCCUCUCUCUCAUAUGCAGCCUCGGCCUGUUCUCAACGCCCGUACCGUUUCCCUUGAUGUUUCCCGCCCAGUGUCUACUGAUCGGGCAACCCCUGUAACCGUACCGAGCAAGUAUGCCUUCCUAGAAGACCCCGCGCUGUUUGAUGAUGCCACCAUCUUCAGUCGGUGUUUUCGGCAGAUCGAUGAUUUUGCCACUGAAGGCCUGCGGACCCUUCUCUUCGCACACAGAUUCCUCACCGAGCAAGAGUACAGGGCCUGGAAGAAGCUGUACCACGAUGCAGAGACCAGUUUGGUGGAUCGCCAGGACCGUAUCGAAGCCGUGGGAGACAUGCUUGAACAGUCCCUCGAUCUGAUCGGCGCAUCGGGCAUCGAAGAUCAACUGCAGCCGGGCGUUGCCGAAACCAUAGACCGACUGCGGCGAGCAAACAUCAAGAUAUGGAUGCUCACGGGCGACAAGCGGGAAACAGCUAUCAACAUAGCCCACUUGGCACGCAUCUGCAGACCCGGAUCCGACAUAUUCGUGCUCGACAUUGCCAAAGGCGAUCUCCAAGGACAGAUCCUCACCAUCAUGGAGGACCUCCAACUCCAGGCCGAAACCAACACUUCCCACGUCCCGGGCCAAACGGUAAUCGUCAUCGACGGCCACACCCUGGCCGCCUUGGAACACCCCGAAGCCGCAACCGCAAAAUCAUCCUUCUAUCGCCUCGUCCUCACCAUCGACUCGGUAAUUUGUUGCCGCGCCUCGCCCGCGCAAAAAGCCCUCCUCGUCCGCGCGGUUGGCAACGCCUCCAGCACCCAUUCCCACUACCACCACUCCCUCCUCCGCCGCUCCCGCCUAACACCCUCUCCUCGCGGCCAACUGACGCUCGCCAUAGGGGACGGCGCAAACGACCUGGCCAUGCUCGCGGCCGCGGACGUGGGCGUGGGCAUCUCGGGCCGCGAGGGCCUGCAGGCGGCGCGCGUGGCCGAUUACGCCGUGGCACAGUUCCGGUUCCUCGCGCGCCUGCUGCUGGUGCAUGGGAGGUGGAACUAUGCGCGCACGGCGCGGUUCGUGCUGGCGACGUUUUGGAAGGAGAUGUUGUUCUAUCUGCCGACUACGCUGUACCAGGGCUGUGUCGGGUAUACCGGCACGAGCCUGUAUGAGAGCUGGAGUCUGACCGUGUUUAACACGUUGUUUACAAGUUUGUGUGUUAUUGUGCCGGGCGUUUGGGAGCAAGAUCUGUCGGCCGAGACAUUGCUGGCUGUGCCGGAGUUGUAUGUGUUUGGACAGCGAGACGGCGGGCUGAACGUGCGCAAGUACUUCGCUUGGAUGUUCGGAGCAGCAGCCGAGGGAGUUUUGGUUUGGUACUUUUGCUGGACACUGUACGGUGGGCUGAGUCCCGUCAAUGAUGGUGGGUUGUUUGCCCUGGGAAAUUUGGUUUUCUCGGUAAACGUCGUCUGGAUCAACUUGAAGCUUCUGCUUCUGGACACCCACUACAAGACCGACAUCGUCAUAGGGUCGUUCAUCAUCACUGUCGGCGGCUGGUGGGUGUGGCAGGCUUUUCUGGCCGGCGUGUAUGCGCCAGGCGUGUGGCCGUAUGCUGUGAAAGGGGGCUUCUUCUCGUCCUUUGGGCCCGAUCCUGCCUGGUGGAUAGCGCUGAUCGGUGCACUUGGCCUCCUGACCUGCAUUGAAUUGGCGUACACAUCGGCCAAGCGGAGCUUGAUUGUGGCCGGUCUCUGGAAGUUCGGCCGGAAGUGGCUCAAAUGGUCGACAUGGAAGAAGGCUUUUUGGUCGACUUCUAGCACUGGUGGCAACCUAUGGACCGCGGAAGGAACCAAAGGAAGUCUGGAGGAAUGGGAUGUGGAGUUGUGGCAGGUUAUGGAGCAGGAUCCUUCCAUUCGUGACACCUUGCGCAAGAUGAGCAGGUUUGAACAUGAGGAAGGAGGAGACCUGGGGUGCGAUGGAUUUGAGGGCAUCAGUCGUGUUUGAGAGGUUUGGAAUAAGGGCGUAUGUGUUUUCGCGUGUAUUUGGCGUCUGAGAUAUCCUGAAUAUGGCGGUUCAAUCCAACAGAGUAUUUGGAAGUAGG